UGGACGGAGGGCGCCGGACUUAGUUCCUGGCUUUUUUUUUUUAAUGUAAUUUCUAGGUGGUUUUAAGAAAAGUUUAGAAUUAGUAGUGUAACUGGAAAUCGUAUGAUUUGGUGUUUGUGCAGUGUUUUGCCCGAUGUCUUGUCACUCUCCGGUGGCAUUCUUCCUUCGGUAAAUCUGCAGGUGGGUGGUCAGGAGGGGUAACCCGCUCGGUGCCCGAGUCCUGUUUGCCAAGCUUGCCUGCUCAGGACUGUCCCUGUCGAGCCUCUCCCUGGAGACUGGGUCCCCAGAGCUAGUGGGGGCUGGGAAGCUGAUUUUUCACAGGUGGUUCCGUCUGGGAAGUUUCUCAGGAAACUCACUGUGGUCCCAAACAUUGGACCCAGAGUACAGCAACCAGGAUAGCCGUGGGCCUGGGUCUGGUGGCCGCCUCCUGCCCAUGUAGCCGUGGGGUUAGGAAGCUGGGAGUGAGGGCAGUCGGGGGGACAGAGCAGUCCUGUCUGACUGCCGCCCUCAUGAGGAAAGGGCGCGGGAAGGCCGAGCUGUGGAGCAGGUGGGGUGUGUUCCUUGAACCCCUUCCUGGCCCGGUGGGGCCUUGGCGGGUGUAGGGCUCGUCGGACAGGGUGAGACCCCAUGAUGCCUGUCAUGGGCGGCAGACAGGUUCUUCCUCCGCAGACUUCACAGUUGCCAUGGCAGCAGCAGGGCUUUCCAAGCCUCAGUGCUUCCAUCCACGAAAACAUGUGCAGAAAAGGCAGCUGGAGGAGGGGCUGUAGGGAGACUCGAUGGAAAAGGCAGCGGAGAGAAUUCUGGGUACUCCUGGGAGUGGGCAGAGAGGCGCCCCUCAGACGUUUUGGAGGCAGGAGGGCCUGUUUGGGCAGGUGUGGGGAGGCAUGGAUUCCUUCCCCCGUGGGCUCCUGUCAGAGCAUCCCACUUCCUUUGGCCUUGAUUGGGGACUUCUUGAGGACUGACCUCGGUCGAGCCCCUCGCUCUGGGUUGUGCACAUCAAAAGGCAUCGGCAGUGGGAGGAGGAAAGCCCUUUCAGGGGGAGAGCCGUGCAGAUCACAGAAGUGCAGGGAAGCGUGUGCACAGCUGGCUGGACGUAGCACCACGCUUCUAACCAGAUGCACGAGAGGCAGAUGAACUGCAGUCCCUGUGAUUGAUCACUAAUCUUUACAUGGAACAAUAUUGCCAGCCUGGACCUCUCCAGUGAUGGCGACUCGACCCCCGCGGCCACCGCGAUGGCGGGCAGUGCCCACCUGCUGGGCUUCUCCGACGAGAUCCUGCUGCACAUCCUGAGCCACGUCCCCAGCACAGACUUGGUGGUGAACGUGCGGCACACGUGCCGGAAGCUGGCCGAGCUGUGCCUAGACAAGAGCCUCACCCACACGGUGCUGCUGGAGAAGGACUACCAGGCCCGCGAGGACCAGGUGAAGCAGCUCCUGAAGGAGACCGGCCGGGAGAUCCAGCAGCUCAGCCUGGCCGGCUGCUACUGGCUGUCGGGCUCCGCCGUCGAGCACGUGGCCCGCUGCCGCAGCCUGGUGAGGGUGAACCUGUCGGGCUGCCACCUCACCUCCCUGCGCCUCUCCAAGAUGCUGUCGGCCCUGCAGCACCUGCGCUCCCUGGCCAUCGACGUGAGCCCCGGCUUCGACGCCGGCCAGCUGAGCAGCGAGUGCAAGGCCACGCUGAGCCGCGUGCGGGAGCUCAGGCAGACGCUGUUCACGCCCUCGUACGGCGUGGUGCCCUGCUGCACCAGCCUCGAGAAGCUGCUGCUCUACUUCGAGAUCCUGGACCGCACGCGCGAGGGCGCCAUCCUGUCGGGCCAGCUCUUUGUGGGCCAGAGCAACGUGCCGCACUACCAGAACCUGCGCGUCUUCUACGCCCGCCUGGCGCCCGGCUACAUCAACCAGGAGGUGGUGCGGCUCUACCUGGCCGUGCUCAGCGACCGCACCCCCGAGAACCUGCACGCCUUCCUCAUCUCCGUGCCGGGCAGCUUCGCCGAGAGCGGGGCCACCAGGAACCUCCUGGACUCCAUGGCCCGCAACGUCGUGCUGGACGCCCUGCAGCUGCCCAAGUCCUGGCUCAACGGCUCGGCCCUGCUCCAGCACAUGAAGUUCAGCAACCCCUUCUACUUCAGCUUCAGCCGGUGCACGCUGUCGGGCAGCCAGCUGAUCCAGCACAUCCUCAACGGGGGCAAGGACCUGCGCAGCCUGGCCGGCCUGAACCUCAGCGGCUGCGCCCACUGCCUGUCCCCCGACUCCCUGCUGCGCAGGGCGGAGGACGACAUCGACAGCGGCAUCCUGGAGACGCUGGUGGCGGCCUGCUGCAACCUGCGCCACCUCAACCUGUCGGCCGCCCACCACCACAGCUCCGAGGGCCCAGGCCGGCACCUGUGCCAGCUGCUGGCCCGGCUGUGCCACCUGCGCUCCCUGUCCCUGCCCGUCUGCUCUGUGGCCGACUCGGCGCCAUGGGCCGACCGCAAGCCCGCCCAGCCCGCCAUGCACGCUGUGCCCUGCGGCUUCGGCAAGAAGGUGCGCAUCGGCGUGCAGGCGUAUCCCAGCCCCUUCUCGGGGCAGGCGGGCCCCCAGCCUUCCUCCGUCUUCUGGUCUCUGCUGAAGAGCCUGCCCUUCCUGGAGCGCCUCGAGCUGAUUGGGUCCAACUUCUCCUCUGCCAUGCCCCGCAACGAGCCCGCCAUCCGCAACUCCCUCCCGCCCUGCAGCCGGGCGCAGAGCGUGGGGGACACGGAGGUGGCUGCCAUCGGCCAGCUGGCCUUCCUGAGGCACCUGACGCUGGCCCAGCUGCCCAGCAUUCUCACGGGCUCCGGGCUGGUCAGCAUCGGCCUGCAGUGCCAGCAGCUCCAGUCCCUCUCGCUGGCCAACCUGGGCAUGAUGGGGAAGGUGGUGUACAUGUCCGCCCUGUCCGACAUGCUCAAGCACUGCAAGCGGCUGAAGGACCUCAGGCUGGAGCAGCCCUACUUCAGCGCCAACACGCAGUUCUUCCAGGCGCUGAGCCAGUGCUCGGCCCUGCAGCGCCUGUGCCUGGUGUCCCGCAGCGGCACCCUGCAGCCUGAGGCCGUGCUGGCCUUCAUGGCCCGCUGCCUGCACGUCGUCGUGUGCCACAUGUUCACCGGGGAGUCCCUGGCCACCUGCAAGAGCCUGCAGCAGACCCUCCUCCGGAGUUUCCAGGCCGAGCGGCCCGCGCUGAACGUCGUCAUCUUCCCCCUGCUGCACGAGGGCCUGACUGACGUCAUCCGGGACGUCCCCAUGGUGCACCUGGACGAGAUCACCUUGUUUAAGAGCCGAGUGGCCGAGGAGCCGCCCAACCUGUGGUGGUGAAGGGACAGCCAGUCUCCCGCCGCGGCCUGUGGUUUCCGUGGCCGAGGAUGCGGGAUUCCUCAGUGGCCGUGUGGCCUCCGCCUCUGCCUGGGCCGCCACGGUGCUCGCCGCCUGUCCGCAGACCCGGGACCCCGGGGCGGGCACAGGAAGGCAGCCUCCGCCACCCGCACCCGCCGCCCGGGCUCCCGUGCCUGGGAGGACUCAGUGGAUGGGGCUGUGACUGAGCACAGGCGGGAAGAGCCCGCGGCCAGCGACUCGGGCCUGGCCGGGCGUUUUCACCUGAGACACGAAUGCGGCGCCCUGAUUUCUUGGGGCUCUGACCAGGUCCCCAGCGCUGCCCCUCACUUCAACCCCCAAGAGUGUCCCUCUGCGUGCAGGUUCCUGGUCACCUGCCGACGUGGAGGGGCGCCUGGGGCCCAGAGCUGGGUGGCCACGCCCACCCCAGCGAGCCCGCCCUUAGGCCUGGGAGCUGGGCAGCAAGGAGCCCGCAGGUUGGGGGCUGCAGGGGUGGGCGCUCCUGCCCAGUAAGACACGUUUCACCCGCCAGUGUCCAGUGCGCUUCCAGUCAGAUGACGUCACCCAGGGCAGGGCCCCUGGGGCCAGGGUGCUGGGCGGGUUGUCAGGCGGCAGUUCCCGCAGGAGCCUGUGGUUCUGGGGAAGCAGGUGGCUGUGGCUUCAUUAGAAAACGAGGGUGUUGAGGCCAGAGGAUGAUCGCAUGACCCCACUGCGGCCAGCUGUUCUCGGCACUGACAAGCUCCACGCUGCUGGUCCACACACGCGCCCGGCCUGCCCGUGUGUGGGCUCCCACCUUCUCCACCGUGAGACCUUCCAACUGGGCAUUGCUGGGCGGGGCGGCUCCCCGAGCUGGGCUCGACUCACCCCACCUCCCUCUCCCUCUGGGCUCGGGAUGCAGGGUCCACAAGGCCCUGCCCACAUUCCACUGCCCAUCCUGGCCCUCAGCUCGGUUGUUUUCCCACCCUGUUUCCAUGGUGAUAGUCACCCCCAUUCUGUGUUGUGCAUCCUGCAGUUUACCUGCUGCUAAAGGACCGGGGACCUGGCCCCUUGGUAUCUUCCCAGGCCCUUUCCUGGGGUCGCAAAGGGCAAACAGCUCAGCAGCCCCACCCGCCAGACGAGGGCCCCAGGGGCCGUGCAGUGGUGGAGGCUGCAGGAGGCCCGUGGGCCCAGCCCAGGGCGCACAGGCCUCCCCCAGGAUCUUCCUCGGUCCCAGCAGCUCUGGCGGCUCUGUCUGCCCUCAGCAGGCCCCCCACCAGGCCUACAGCCUCACCUUCGGGUCCUGACCCAGCCCGGGAGCAACACCGGACCCUGUCUCUUCCUGUCUGCCUCAUCUACUGCAGUAGAUGAAGAUCUGGGGGACACCCUCUCCCCAAUUUCUGGGAUUCCUUUUAGGUGGCCCUAGAGGCCACCCUGCGGGAUGGUCAGGAAGAAUGGGCACAGCCCAGGAGGAAGGCAGGUGACCUGGCCGUCUGGGACCUGCAGGCCAGGCCGCCUUUCAUCCAGAGCCUGGACUCGGGUCCCGAGCUGUGGCUGUGUGCCUGCCCCUCGCUCUCGCCUGGGUGGUGGUCUCAUGAGCAGGCACUUUUUUUACCCAGUGAUGUUUAGGCUGACAGAUGCUGGAGGGGCCGCUCGCGGAGGGUGGGGCAGCGGGAGGCCUGUGCUCUGUGUCCCCUGCACCAGCCUCACUUGGAGCAAGACUGCGCCACCCCUGCCCCGAGGCGGGACUCGCCAGAUGCUGAGAAGGCGCUUAUUCUCGCUAAGUGCUGUUUUGGCACCGCUGUUAAUUGCAAUUUAUAUUCUGCAGCAUUUGACGAGGGAAAGGAACCCACCCUAAUGGCCCCCGAUCCGCAGGGCUGGGCUGUUAAGCAGCGGACCAUAUGCUGCCUGGUCAGCAUUGGCGUGUGUGCGUGCAUGUCUGCAUACACCUGUACUGUAGUCCACAGUGACGUGUGCAUGGUGUGUGCGUGCAUAUGUGUCCCCAGCUCUGUGUAUGAUCAAGUGUCUGCGUGUGUGCACACUCGUGUGCAGGGUAUGUGUGUGAGUGAGAGCCCGAUGGGGUGGGAGGAGAGGGAUGGAGGAAGGCGGGUCUGGCAUUUAUGCCUUUGUUAAAGGGAGACCCACCCCAAGGCCACCUCCUGCCACAGGCCUGCAGGUGCUCCCGAGGCAGCUGGAGCCUUAGGGACACAGAGACCUGCCCCUCCCUGUUCUGGGCUUUCUCCUCUUCACCUGUCAGUGUCUGUCCCAGCCCCAGGAGGCCAACUGUGGACACCCCCUUUCAUACAGCGGGGUUCUCUCCCCGCCUCUCAGCUGCCCUCCCGAAGGCAGGAGGGGCAGGCCCAGGGCCUCUGCUCCAGGCCUCGGAGGGUCAGUGGGCGCCCUGGCUGGGGAGGCGCAGCUCGGCGGCUGGACGCCAGGGCCACACCCCCUUAAUCACGAGGGGACAGAGAGGGACCUGGGCUGAAAGGGGAGGAGUGGGCCACGGGGCCUGAACCAGUGCAUUGGCCCUGAUCGUCCCGCGCCCUGGAGUCCAGGCCCGGAGGCCCUGCUCUGAUGGCCCCCUGGGGGCCUCAUGGUGCUGGGGCAGCGGAGCCUCCCGCUGCCCUUUGCCUCACUAUUGGCUCCUUUAGGAUUUGAGACUUGCUGAGACCUUGUAAGGAAAUAAGUUACUGGGUGAGGGAGCCUGGCCGUUGGCAGGGUUUCAGCCUAAAAAGUGAGGUGAGGGAGCCGUGGGUGGGACGUGAGCACCCACAGUUCUCAUGGCCUCGCCCGAGUCCUACAGGAAAGGGACAGGACUGUGAGGGAGGGCCCGGGCCCCUCUGAUGGUCACCAGUCCCAUUUGCAUUGGGGAUGCAGGAUUCUAACUAGACAUGUGGGGUCCACUGGGCGCGAUGAACAAAUAACCCACAGACAUUUAAAAACAAAACAACUGUGGGUCUGACACAGGCCACAGUGUCAUCGAAACGAUCCACUUUCCAAGGCUCUUUCUAAAGCUCUCAAGUGUGGGGCUUGGUGACAGUCACAGGGCAGCGCCCCUGUGGCGCUCCCCCUCCAGCCCCGUGGACCUGGGGACACGGUGGCCACGGGCUGCUCGCCUUCCACACUUGGUCACAGAGCUGAGGCCAGGGCCUGGCUAGUGGGUCGGAGGGAGGGGUGCUGCUGUGCUGACCCUGCCACGUCCUUAAUGGGGAGCCGAGGCCCCUGCUGUGCUCCCCUGCGGGCGGGCGCGUCCGCACAGGUGGGUGCGCACGCAACACGUGACGCCCUGCAGGCCUCAGGCAUUGCCAGCCCCGGCACCAGCCGUGCCUCCGACCACUGCCCAUCAGAGUGUGACUCUGACCAGAAACAGUUGAGCCCAGCGAGCUCCUAAGGGGCUGGGUUAGCCGCGGGGGUCCCACGGUUUGUGUGUGACCAGGUGCUAAAUGACUAUGUGUCACCUGCCUUUCGAUGCCAGACCGUGUCCUCUGGUGAUGCCGCUCCUGAGUUUGUGUUUAAACUACAUUUUGGUCCUUUUGUGUACAUUUGUGGCAUGUGGCGUCUCAAAUAAAGUGGACUUGAUUUCAAGAACCAA